AUGGCACCUCUCUCCACACCUUCGUCCCUCUUGACAUCUCUCCUUGAUUCUCUACAUUCUCAUCUACAGACUCAAACGCAACUAUUACCUACCCUGCAUGCACAACUCGGUCUACCUGCGACUGCACUCGAGGAUGAGCUAAGGGUGCUUAGAACCAAACUUAUGAAUGGCGUUGAAUCGCAGAUUGAUCUCAGAAAGAAAGAAGUGGAAGGUUGGAUGCACAAAUGUGAUGUAGUCGAGACGGAAUGUUUACGGUAUUCCAAAGCUUUGGGUGGAAACAUCAAGGCCACGGGGAGCAGUGUUGGGGAGCUGAGGAAGGAGAUCGUUUUACCGAAGCGGUACGAGAUAGGACUGGAAUAUCAGGAGAAGCUAAGACAGUUAUACCACACCAAACUCGAGCAACUCAUGAAUCUGACAAACCGUCUCAAUGCCUUGGCAAAGACCCUGGAUUCGGAUUUCUUCAGUCUGGAUAUUUUAGAACCGACACUAGUGAAGGGCGACAGCGCUGAUAAUCCGCAUAAAGAUGUCACCCCAGAGCGGUUCUCGAAGCUAGAAAAAGAGCUCGUGCGGGGUAAAAGCGAGACUAGCAAACGUUUACACCAUCUGGCGGAAACAUUUGAGGAAAUAUAUAUCCUUUACAUGGAAUUGGGGAUGGUCCCUCCUACCUUAGAAGAUCUAGAAUCUGCUCCUUCCCCUGCGCCCCAUUCCUCCUCUUCAUCAGCUGUAUACCUUCAACCCCCACAUUACCCCUCCGACCCCUUCACACUGUCUGUAUCGACUCCAACCCCACCCUCGCGUUCAUCCUCAAGGUCCGAGUCAUUAUUGCUUGCACAGGAUGAUUGUACUGUAUCUGAUGUCGGUCAUCAACGUACUUUCGCGACUUUCGUUGCAACUAUCGAAGAGGCCGAGUCUGAAGGAGGUAUAAACACUGCUAGGUUGACGGCAUCUUCGUCCCAUCACGUCCCUCUAGGCCUUCAUAACGUCGAGCCUUCACCAUCGUUGUUGAGCUGGGCUCACACGCUACAAUCGUCGCUUGACGAUAUGAAACGUCGACGAGAAGCACAUAUUCAAGCCAUGUUCGAUCAAUUGGACGGGUUAUGGCGAAGGCUUGGCGUUGCGGAGGAGGAUAUGGAGGCAUUUGUGGAAGUGAAUAAAGGUACAACUGAGGAAUGCAUAGCUGGGUACGAAGAAGAGCUGGAGAGAAUGCUGGAGCUGAAGAGAGAGAGAAUGGGUGUCUUUGUCGCUAAUGCCAGGGAUGAGAUACAGAGAUUAUGGGAUGACCUGAUGACCGGGGAGGAGGAAAGAGGGGCGUUCGGGGCAUUCGCUGACGAUGAACACACGGAGGAGCUCUUGCUCAUACACGAGGAAGAGAUACGAAAGCUGAAGGAGGAAAAGAGAAUAAAGGCGCCAUUACUCGCAGGCAUCCGAAAGUAUUUCGAUAUCUGCGAGGAGGAAAAAGAGCUCGCCGCCGCCGCCAACGACCAGACAAGAUUAAUGGGUCGAGGGGCGCGAGAUCCAGGUCGGCUUCUUAGGGAAGAGAAGAUGAGGAAGAGAGUGAUGAAAGAAAAGCCAAGACUGGAGCAAGAUCUCUUAACGGCUGUCCCCGCCUGGGAAGAAGAAACUGGACGCCCUUUCCUCGUACAGGGGGAGAGCAUUUUGCGCAUCCUGAUGGAGACCAUAAGUGCAGCGGAUAAAGAGAACUCAAGCAAGCGUACAAGCCGCCCAGGCGGGCCACCCCCCUUGAGGGCUGGUUCCGUACCUCCGAGGGCGACCACGCCCGUAAGCCGGAUGGGCGGUGGUAAAGGAGUGGUGACACCCGCUGUCAGGCCUGCGCCAGGUGGAGCAAGCUCAAUGCCCAAUAAACGAAUGAAGAUGAAUGACAGUGGCGAUGAGGCUUACGGAAGGAAUGGGGGAAGAGCACCUUUGGGUACCUCUCGAGGCAACAAUCAGAGUACGACUUCGCUUGGUGUCAGUCAGCGACGAGAUGUGUCACCCUCAAAGAUUCCCGGUAGUGGACGAGCGUCUCAGAACACAGGUGCCACUUCCUCAUUACCCCGUCCAGUGUCGGUAGCGAUGCCAGUCCCGAAACCUGGGACCCAGCAUCACGCUCUCGGCCAUGGUAGGUUACCUACAGGUGGCGUGUUCUCUUUUGCUUCGUCCUCAGCUGCAUCCUCGUAUAGUUCAGGAGGGUUUCCGGCUGGAAUACGGACUGCGUCCAGUUACGGUGGUGGGAGCUCUAUGAACCGUGGAUACGUCUCGGGAGCAACAAGGCACCCUAGUGAAGGAAUGAAAUCCUCUUACAUAGAAAGAAAUUCUAAGGCCGCAAGAGUGAGAAGGGAGAGCUUCAAACCCCGACCAAGUAUGGAAGGGCACGAAGUGGCAGGUACAAGAUGGACGCGCGGAUUUAUCGGAGUGAAGGAGGAAGAGGAGGAUAGUUGUUAG